AUGGUGGAAGGAGGAAUAGCGAAAGCAGACAAAACAGAGUUCACAGAGUGUUGGAGGACGACAUGGAAGACUCCUUACAUCAUGCGCCUCGCUCUCUCCGCCGGCAUCGGUGGUCUUCUCUUCGGCUACGACACCGGAGUCAUCUCCGGCGCACUCCUCUUCAUCAGAGAGGAUUUCAAGGAGGUUGAUAGGAAAACAUGGCUCCAAUCCACCAUCGUCAGCAUGGCAGUCGCCGGAGCCAUCGUCGGAGCAGCCGUCGGAGGUUGGAUCAACGACAGAUUCGGCCGGAGGAUGUCGAUUCUCAUCGCCGACGUCCUCUUCCUCGUCGGAGCCAUCGUCAUGGCAUUUGCUCCUGCUCCGUGGGUCAUCAUCAUCGGAAGAAUCUUCGUUGGAUUGGGCGUUGGUAUGGCUUCCAUGACCUCUCCUCUCUACAUCUCUGAGGCUUCUCCGGCCAGAAUCAGAGGAGCACUUGUCAGCACCAACGGACUUCUCAUCACCGGAGGACAAUUCUUCUCUUACCUCAUCAAUCUAGCCUUUGUACACACUCCCGGGACAUGGAGAUGGAUGUUGGGAGUUGCAGGUGUCCCGGCGAUUGUUCAGUUUGUACUGAUGCUGUCUCUGCCAGAGUCUCCACGGUGGCUUUACAGGAAGGACAGGAUCGCUGAAUCGAGAGCGAUCCUUGAGAGGAUCUAUCCGGCAGACGAGGUGGAGGCGGAGAUGGAUGCGCUUAAAGAGUCGAUUGAGGCUGAGAAAGCGGACGAGGCAAUCAUCGGAGACAGCUUCGUAGCCAAACUCAAAGGAGCCUUUGCAAACCCUGUCGUUCGACGUGGACUCGCCGCUGGUAUUACAGUGCAGGUUGCACAGCAGUUUGUCGGGAUCAACACCGUCAUGUACUACAGUCCCUCCAUUGUGCAAUUCGCCGGUUACGCCUCCAACAAGACAGCAAUGGCCUUGUCUCUCGUCACUUCAGGUCUCAACGCGGUGGGCUCGAUCGUGAGCAUGAUGUUUGUGGAUCGCUACGGUAGAAGGAAGCUGAUGAUCAUCUCCAUGUUUGGGAUCAUUGCAUGUCUUAUCAUCUUAGCCACAGUGUUCUCACAGGCUGCCAUUCACGCCCCAAAGAUCGACCCGAUGGAGUCCACCACCUUUGCGCCUAACGCUACUUGUCCAGCGUUUGUCCCGCUCAGAGCCGCAAACGCUCCUCCCUCGAGGUGGAACUGCAUGAAGUGUUUGAGGUCGGAAUGCGGAUUCUGCGCCAGCGGAGUAAAGCCGUACGCACCAGGAGCAUGCGUGGUGUUGUCGGACGACAUGAAAGCGACAUGCCACUCGAGAGGAAGAACAUAUUUCAAAGAUGGGUGCCCAAGCAAGUUUGGAUUCUUAGCUAUAGUGUUUCUGGGAUUAUACAUCAUAGUGUAUGCACCAGGUAUGGGCACUGUCCCUUGGAUUGUCAACUCCGAGAUCUAUCCGCUCAGAUAUAGAGGCCUUGGCGGAGGAAUAGCCGCUGUCGCCAAUUGGGUGUCCAACCUCAUUGUCAGCGAGAGCUUCCUCUCACUCACCCACGCCCUCGGCUCCUCCGGGACAUUCCUUCUCUUUGCCGGCUUCUCCACUGUAGGGCUCUUCUUCAUAUGGCUGCUUGUGCCCGAGACCAAAGGCCUUCAGUUUGAGGAGGUAGAGAAGUUGCUAGAGGCCGGGUACAAGCCCAGUCUCUUGCGGCGAAGGAACAAGUCCAAAGAUGAUGAUACAGCUUAA